UGUUUCGUUCGUCCGUCGAGGGAACGAUCAACCUAAGGAUCCUCUCCUCUCGUCGGAAAAAAAAUCCAAAUCCAAAUCCAAUCCCCCGCAGAGCAGAGCAGCGCAGAGGAUGGUGGGCAAGGGAGACGCCCCCGCUCCGCGCGGGCCCGAUGGCGAGGAGGAGGACACCGGAGGCGUCGUCAAGCUCAUCAGCGCCGAGGGCUUCGAGUUCGUCGUCGACAAGAAGGCAGCCAUGGUCUCCAACACUCUGCGCAACAUGCUCACAUCGCCAGGAGGCUUCUCCGAGACGCGCCAGGGCGAGAUCCGAUUCCCGGAGAUCUCCACCCACAUCCUCGAGAAGAUCUGCCAGUACUUCUACUGGUCGCUCCGCUACUCCAGUGGAACGGAGUCGUCAGAGUUUGCAAUUGACCUCCCGAUAACUCUGGAGCUGAUGAUGGCCGCAAACUACCUGGACACUUGAGGAGGAGGUGGUUUUCUGCAGUAUUAGGUGUAUUAUUUUGAAUGAGUGAAUGAAACAAGUGAAUCGUCCCUCUCUCUCUCUCUCAUUCAUGUCUUCAACUAUCAAGCAUCCACCGGCUGGGCUGGGAUAUUUAUUAUCAGUAGAUGCGAUCGGAUCUGAUCUGACUGACCUGACCUGACCUGACCUGCUGACCCGGUGAAGAAGUGUAAGCAUGGGAUGAGACAUGUAACGUGUGUGUAAAUAUUUUUCUAAUCCACUAGAUACUAGUUGUGUGUUGGUGCUGGUGCCCAAGACAAAGCAAAGACAAAAACAAUCCGUAGUUGGUAUUGGCAUUGGUACCACUCUGGAGUUUUUUUUCUUUGAAGUAAUACGCUCUGGAGUUUUUGGAGCUGGAAGAGGACAUUCAUUUCAAUUGGAUUGCCUAUCUAGUCGUAGGAAUAGGAAAGGGAAAAGGAAAGGAAAGGAUUCUCCUCUCCUCUCAGGAUCUGGGUACAGAUCGACCAUACCAGUACCACCACAUCUCUCCCGGGCGUCUCUCCCUCCGUCACUCCGUGUGGUUGGCGGCAGGUCAAGUGGCCCUUGCACGUGGAACACAAGACAGCUACAGCUUAGACACAAGAAGAAGAGGAGAGGAGAAGGCCCCCGGGAGGAGAGGAGUGGAGAGGAGACUACCACCACACCGUCACCCCCAUCACAGAAAGAAAGAGAGAGCCCUACCUACAAUGGCGGCGGCCCUCGAGUCUGCCUGGCAGGUCCUGACCGCCAACUUCUCCGAGUUCCAGCUCGCCACCGUCUUCACCUUCCUGAUCCACGAGACCGCCUUCUUCCUCUCCGGCCUCCCCUCCCUCCUCUUCGAGCGCUUCGGACUCUUCGCCAAGUACAAGAUUCAGAAGAAGAGCAACACCUCUGCUUAUCAAAACAGAUGUGUCCUGCGUCUCAUACUCUACCAUGUCUGUGUGAACUUGCCUGUCAUCAUUUUCUCCUACCCUGCCUUCAAAUUCAUGGGCCUUAGGAGCUCUCUUCCUCUGCCACACUGGACGGUUGUUGUAUCUCAAGUUGCAUUCUACUUUGUACUGGAGGAUUUUGUAUUCUACUGGGGGCACCGGGCACUGCACACCAAAUGGCUAUACAAGCAUGUCCACAGCGUCCACCACGAAUAUGCUACACCCUUUGGGUUAACUUCUGAAUACGCCCACCCUGCUGAGAUUUUGUUCCUGGGAUUCGCCACAGUUGUUGGUCCUGCUCUUACUGGCCCUCAUUUGGUGACCCUGUGGCUUUGGGUGGUGUUGAGGGUAUUGGAGACAGUUGAAGCUCACAGCGGCUACCACUUCCCAUGGAGCCCCUCAAAUUUCCUGCCACUGUAUGGAGGCUCGGACUUCCAUGACUACCAUCACCGUGUGCUCUACACCAAGUCAGGGAACUAUGCCUCGACUUUUGUGUACAUGGACUGGUUGUUUGGGACGGACAAGGAUUACCGCAAGGUGAAGGCCAUGGAGGAGAAGGAAGGGAACAAGGAUAUGUAGAUCAUGCAUGCAUGAGAGCUGCGAAUAAUGAAGACAGGCGGAGCUAGCAAUACGUACUGUCUGUGUACUACAAUCGUACGUACGUAAUCCUUGGGGUUUGUGUUCCUGCUUUGUUUAAUUUGGCCGGGAUCGGAUGUAUAUAUACAUUUGGAUCGGAGCUAGCUAGUAGCAAGAUGGUCGAUGAGGUUGUGUGACCUUAGUUUGCUUGUGUGAUGAAUUAACAAUAAUGUCAGCAAUUAAAUAAAGCCACAACUAUAGCCGGCCUGUUCAGCAUAAACAGAGAGGUUUUCAUGA